AUGAAAACUGCAACUUCUAGAAAAUCAACAGCUGCAAUAAAUCCACCAUCCAAAGAUGAGACAAAGCCAGUUGUCAUGGCAAAUAGAAGGUUUUCGCUUUGGAACUUUUGGAUUGCAUCUCUCGCACUCAAGCUAUUAUUGAUGCCAGACUACUUUAGUACGGAUUUUGACGUUCAUAGGAAUUGGCUUGCUAUCACAAAUGCUCUUCCUCUCAGUCAGUGGUAUCGUGAGAAUACCAGUCAAUGGACCCUUGAUUAUCCACCUUUUUUUGCAUACUUCGAAUGGUUAUUAUCGCUGUUUGUUCCCAACAAGGUGCGCCAAGAUGGUUGUCUGGAUAUAUUAGAGGUGGGCAACUUUGGCUGGCCUACCGUGGUGUUUCAACGGUUGACCGUAAUCGCUAGUGAGAUUGUACUUUUUGUUGUUCUACAGGUCUUCAUAAACACCAGUCCCUUGAGUGAGAGGACUCAGAAUUUUGUUGUUGCAUCCAGUAUAGUCAUCUCACCAGGCUUUCUUAUGAUCGACCACAUUCAUUUUCAGUACAACGGAUUUUUAUUUGGUAUUUUGAUUGCUUCAAUUGUUGCAGCUAGAAACAAACAGUAUUUGUGGUGCGCUGUAUUUUACUCGACCGCUUUAUGUUUUAAGCAUAUUUUCUUGUAUUUGGCACCUUGCUAUUUCAUGUUUUUGCUAAGAGCUUAUGUUUUAAACUUCAAGGACUUUAAAUUCAAGAGUUAUAAAGAUUUGAUCUUUAUCGUUCAGUGGACCAACCUCUUUAAACUGAGUGCCAUAGUCAUAGGUAUUUUCGGUGCAUGCUUUGCACCUUUCCUCAAUGAUUCUCCUCAAGUGCUUAGUAGACUGUUUCCGUUUUCAAGAGGUCUGACACAUGCUUAUUGGGCACCAAACUUUUGGGCUGUAUAUUCCUUCGCAGACAAAAUUUUAACUUUUCUCAUGCUAAAACUACCGUAUGUGCACAAAUUUGCCAUCAAGAUUAUCUCACCACCCUUGAUCCCAGCUUCUAUUUUAGAAAUCAAGCAGCGUAUGUUACAAAACAAUAAUGGAACAAAAGGGCUUGUUCAAGAUGUGGCAUUUGUGAUACUCCCUCAGAUCACUCCAAAGUUGACUUUUAUUUUGACUGCAUUUUAUCAAGCUCUUGCGGUUAUCCCCCUUUUAUUCGAUCCUUCAUUUAAGAGAUUCAUUGGCUCGUUAACGCUUUGCGGUUUGGCCUCAUACAUAUUUGGUUGGCAUGUUCACGAGAAGGCCAUUUUGUUGGUGAUCGUUCCAUUUUCCUUUUUGGUCGUAUUCGAUAGAAGGUUAUUAUCCUCAUUCAUGCUUGUCACUGCAGCAGGAUAUGUCUCCUUGUUUCCUUUGCUUUACGAGCAUCAAGAUUUCUUAUUGAAAUGUUUAUAUACAGCUGCUUGGUGUACCAUCUAUUUUUACGCCUUUAAAAAAACCUCAAAGCUAUCCUCUAGUGUCGAAAGAAGAAUCUUUUUCCUCGAUCGUCUCUCGACGAUUUAUAUGUUCUCACUGUUAGCAUUGGUUUUGGGAGUACAGUUUCUAGACGUUAUGAAUUGGAGAUACCAAACCUUUCAAAAAUUUGAAUUUCUCGGUUUGAUGUCGUACAGUGUGUACUGCUCUCUGGGAAUAAUCAGCUCUUGGAUAGGUCUCUCGUGGCUAUACAAUUUUGACGAGCCUCUUUGGAUGAGUGACUAG